AUGGCCAGCAGCAGCAGCAGCGGCAUGCUGAAUGACCUGGAGAGCCUGUCUGCAGGCCUGACUGCCAAUCCCUUCUCCAGAUCAGAGAGAGAGAGCAGCAGACGGCCGGCUAAUGACAGCAGCAGUGACUCAGUACCUCACAGGAGAUCAAAGCGCUUCCUCUCCUAUCCCCGCUUUGUAGAAGUCAUGGUGGUGGCAGACAGCAAGAUGGUGGAACAUCACGGGAGCAACCUUCAGCACUACAUUCUCACGUUAAUGUCCAUCGUAAGUUCUGCUCAGUUAACCACCCGACCGCCAGCCAGUUAGCCAGCCUCUUUGAUUGUAGGGGAGUGGGGCUGUAUUCUGUUGUGUCCCGGGCCAUCGGCAGCAGGCAGGCAGGCAGGCAGGCAGGCAGGCAGGCGGAGGGGUCAGAGGGCUCAGAGGGCUCAGAGGGAAAGGGCAGCCCAUGGCAGGAGUAAACAAACAUUUUUGAACGGUCAUGAAAGGGGCAGCAUGAUGUGUACCUGUCUGACAGCUUUGAUGAAAGUGAAAAAAUAAGCUCUGGUAUGUCGCAUAGAUGGCAUACUCCUGCCCACUUCAUAUAAAGGCUUCCUCCGGUGUCUGUGGCUGAGAGCCUAGGGAGUAGCUAACCUGGCCUAUAUUCUGAUCCUGGUAGUCUGCAUUCCCUACAGGAUCUAACUGCAGCCAUAAUAAACCUCUCAAACAGGACAACGAGAACAUGUUUUCUUCCCUUAAAACUGCAUGUUGAUUUAGAAUGUCUGAACCGCUGAUUGAGUACACUCCUAAAGGGUUUGAUGUAUGUUGGCUACUGAAAUAUAUUGAUGUUUAAAAAAAACGGGUGAUUUUUCUGUCUAUAAUCUUUUCCUUCAGGUGUCUUCCAUCUACAAGGAUCCCAGCAUCGGAAAUCUGAUUAACAUUGUGAUUGUCAAGUUAGUCAUAAUUAACAAUGAGCUGGUAAGAUUACAACACUAACUCUAAUCCUAAUCCUUUUCAGAGAAAUACAAUGCAUUGCAUUCAUUCAUCAGCCCCAGAAGCACAGUACAGUACUGUAAACCUCUCCCUUGUUCUCUCGACUGUAGGAUGGCCCUACCAUUUCCUUCAAUGCACAGACCACUUUAAAGAACUUCUGUAUCUGGCAACAGAGGCAAAAUCACCAAGAUGAGAACCAUCACUCCUACCACGACACAGCCAUUCUCAUCACCAGGUACACUGUCUCUCCUACCACCACACAACCAUUCUCAUCACCAUCUCUUGGGGUAACGGCUAAAGUGUUGUGUUGACAGUCCUAGGUUCGAGCCACGGUUGGGUCUACCCCCAGAAUUCGCUGUAAUAUGUUGUCUUUUGUUUAUUCUCUGGUGGAACAGUACAAUGGGAUUCUGGGGUGUGAAACCAGUGACAUAACUUCCAUCUGUGUGUUCUUCACAGGCAGGACAUCUGCCGAGCGCGGGAUAAGUGUGACACUUUAGGUAAGAGGAGCUCUCAAUACACAUGCAAUACAGACUGUACAACAUAACGUUUGAUUGAUGACAGUUUCAUAAUAAUAUUGAUGUACUUAUAAUGAUGCUGCUUUUGAUGGGGCUGAUGACAAUGUAAUGAUGAUGAAGGUGAUGAUGGUGAUGACGAUGCUCUAAUAACAAAUAUGAUGAUGAUGAUGAUGAUUAUACUCUUGGUUUGCAGGGCUUGCAGAGCUGGGUACAGUGUGUGAUCCAUACAGAAGUUGCAGUAUUAGUGAGGACAAUGGACUCAGCACUGCGUUCACUAUCGCCCAUGAACUAGGCCAUGUGUGAGUACUGCAUGCUCUCUAUACUCUGAUUGAUUUCAUGUAAUCAAAAUGUUGCAGCUGUAUUAGUUUGUCAUGCUAUCUCAGGCAAAUGUCUUAUGUGGCCCUGGUUUUGCUCUCAAAAUCUUUCCAAGCUCCAAGACCUAAGUCUGCAUGUACAAAGUCCCAAGUCAGCAUGCGCCAGCCAGCCAGCCUUCAUCCAGCUUGGCCAAACAACUCCAGGCCACUACAUUGGAGACUGUUACAGACUUUAACAACCCUCGUGUCUUAGACAAAUACCAUUUUUUCGCCACACACACAAAAGGUGGGAUUGUGGUGACACCGCUGCUGAAGUCUGCUUAGCGUCAAAGCUCGGUGGAAUGCAGUACCUGUCAUAUUGUACCAUAGAGGUGCCAUACAGUACAGUACAGUACAGUACCAUAGGAGAGAACUACCAUACUAUAUAAUACGUAUCCCCUGUGACCCUACUCUCCAAGACACUGGCCCCGGCACAGACCGGCUGCUAAUGUUAACCCCAACCAGCCCAGUCAGUUAACCCUGUGUGUUACCAGUCUGCUGCCUAAAGGAUGAGGUUUUAUUUAUCACAGUAAAACAAAUCUCCCAAAACUGGUCCUUUAGUGGUUUAGCUUAGCAAUCAGCCCAACAUGUAGGUUUAUUGAUGGUGUGUUAGAGGGUUAGACCUGUGUGUUGUGGUGAAUAUACAGUGGCUUGCGAAAGUAUUCACCCCCAUUGGGAUUUUUCCUAUUUUCUUGCCUUACAACUGGAAUUAAAUUUGAUUUUUUGGGGGUUUGUAUCAUUUGAUUUACACAACAUGCCUACCACUUUGAAGAUGAUAUUUUUUAUUGUGAAACAAACAAGAAAUAAGACAAAAAAAAACAGAAAACUUGAGCGUGCAUAACUAUUCACCCCUCUAAAGUCAAUACUUUGUAGAGCCACCUUUUGCAGCAAUUACAGCUGCAAGUCUCUUGGGGUAUGUCUCUAUAAGCUUGGCACAUCUAGCCACUGGGAUUUUUGCCCAUUCUUCAAGGCAAAACUGCUCCAGCUCCUUCAAGUUGGAUGGGUUCCGCUGGUGUACAGCAAUCUUUAAGUCAUGCCACAGAUUCUCAAUUGGAUUGAGGUCUGGGCUUUGACUAGGCCAUUCCAAGACAUUUAAAUGUUUCCCCUUAAACUACUCAAGUGUUGCUUUAGCAGUAUGCUUAGGGUCAUUGUCCUGCUGGAAGGUGAACCUCCAUCCCAGUCUCAAAUCUCUGGAAGAAUGAAACAGGUUUCCCUCAAGAAUUUCCCUGUAUUUAGUGCCAUCCAUCAUUCCUUCAAUUCUGACCAGUUUCCCAGUCCCUGCCAAUGAAAAACAUCUCCACAGCAUGAUGCUGCCACCACCAUGCUUCACUGUGGGGAUGGUGUUCUCGGGGUGAUGAGAGGUGUUGGGUUUGCGCCAGACAUAGCGUUUUCCUUGAUGGCCAAAAAGCUAAAUUUUAGUCUCAUCUGACCAGAGUACCUUCUUCCAUAUGUUUGGGGAGUCUCCCACAUGCCUUUUGGCAAACACCAAACGUGUUUGCUUAUUUGUUUCUUUAAGCAAUGGCUUUUUUUCUGGCCACUCUUCCGUAAAGCCCAGCUCUGUGGAGUGUACAGCUUAAAGUUGUCCUAUGUACAGAUACUCCAAUCUCCGCUGUGGAGCUUUGCAGCUCCUUCAGGGUUAUCUUUGGUCUCUUUGUUGCCUCUCUGAUUAAUGCCCUCCUUGCCUGGUCCGUGAGUUUUGGUGGGCGGCCCUCUCUUGGCAGGUUUGUUGUGGUGCCAUAUUCUUUCCAUUUUUUAAUAAUGGAUUUAAUGGUGCUCCGUGGGAUGUUCAAAGUUUGGGAUAUUUUUUUAUAACCCAACCCUGAUCUGUACUUCUCCACAACUUUGUCCCCGACCUGUUUGGAGAGCUCCUUGGUCUUCAGGGUGCCGCUUGCUUGGUGGUGCCCCUUGCUUAGUGGUGUUGCAGACUCUGGGGCCUUUCAGAACAGGUGUAUAUAUACUGAGAUCAUGUGACAGAUCAUGUGACACUUAGAUUGCACACAGGUGGACUUUAUUUAACUAAUUAUGUGGGCUUCAUAGCAAAGGGGGUGAAUACAUAUGCACGCACCACUUUUCCGUUAUUUAUUGUUUAGAAUUAUUUUAAACAAGUUUUUUUUUUUCAUUUCACUUCACCAAUUUGGACUAUUUUAUGUAUGUGCAUUACAUGAAAUCCAAAUAAAAAUAAAUUUAAAUUACAGGUGGUAAUGCAACAAAAUUGUAAAAACGCCAAGGGGGAUGAAUACUUUUGCAAGGCACUGUAUGUUCUCACUUGUUGUUUGGCCCCCUGACAGAUUCAACAUGCCCCAUGAUGACAGCAACAAGUGCAAAGAGGAGGGGGUUAAAAUACAGCAGCAUGUGAUGGCACCCACACUCAACCACUACACUAAUCCCUGGAUGUGGUCCAAGUGUAGCAGGAAAUACAUCACGGAGUUCCUUGAGUAUGUAUUGUUUUCUAGUAUAGACAUUCAUGUCAUUAUGGAGAAGUGUUAUUGUCGUUAGCAUUAGUAGCACCACGCUCUUAUCGCAGUAAGGGUUAAAUGACCAGUCAGCUAUUCAAUCAAAACUGGUAUCUGGACAUUUCUGGGUUAAAGGGAAACAACAUUACUUCAAUGUUGUCAGUAUCUGUUUGGAAUGUGUAAUACUUCCAGAUAUGUUUGUUUGAUUGAAUAGAGCUCCAGGUAUUAGUAGUGGUUCUGAUAUUGUACAGAAUACUGCCUGUCCACCUGUACUGAGUGUGUUUUCUGUCUGUUUGUGUCUUUGUUUUUUUUUGUUUUUUCUUUAAGUCAUUUUAUUUUUAUUUCUUAAUAGCACAGGGUAUGGCGAGUGCUUACUUGAUGAGCCCAUUUCUAGGCCAUACAGUCUGUCGCAGCAGCUGCCUGGACGGAUAUACAAUGUCAAUAAACAAUGUGAAUUGAUAUUUGGGCCGGGGACACAGGUGUGCCCAUAUAUGGUAAGAGAAUGAACCAUGCGCAAUUAAAAUGUCAUGUUUUGCACAUUGGUCUGUCAAAGACACAGGAAGUACCCAGACACUCAGUUCACUGUCUAGUCCUACAUUACUGUAGUCUAUGGCUCCAGACAUUCUAUACUAGAGUCACCUUAAUCUGUUAUGUAAUAUCCAAUAGCUGCCCCAGUAAUCUCUCAGCUAGGCCUUCUGUAUGCGUUAAAUAAUUUGUUUACAUGCUACACCUCCUGUGUAGCCCUGGCUUAGCUCCAGGCUUUGUUUAAAGGGAACACACCUUGUAAGAGAUACAAGAGUAUACAGUAAUGUCUGUGGAUGGGGCUCAGACAGGGGAAUGGUAACAGUGUGUGUGUGUUCUCCAGGUCCAGUGCCGCAGGCUGUGGUGCACCAGCCCAGAGGGGGCCCAGAGGGGCUGCAGGACCCAACACAUGCCCUGGGCCGACGGAACAGAGUGCUCUCCAGGAAAGGUAAGUACCAGAGAGAUGUACCGCAAUAUAUAGGGAUCUGACAGGGAGAAGGAAGGAAAUGGACAGAUUGUGAUAAUUGGAGAGGGUGAGAUAAAGAGAAAGAUACAAUUAAAAGUGAGAGAAUAAGAGGGACUAGCACCAGAUACUUAUGUAGUGUGUACACACAGAGAGAGAGAGAGAGAGAGAGAGAGAGAGAGAGAGAGAGAGAGAGAGAGAGAGAGAGAGAGAGGGGGGGGAGAGAGAGAGAGGAGAGAGAGAGAGGAGAGAGAGAGAGAGAGCGAAGAGAAGAUAGCAGAGAGAUAAAGAGAGAGAAGCGAGGAUAGAAGAGAGAUAGCAUCAAUCUCUCUAAUCAUCUAAGAAUCAAAUAGUAUCAUUAAUCUGUGCAUGAACAUACAAACACAUACACCCCAAGCCAGCUUAAUCACUAUGCUGGAGCAUAUUGGAAAUGUUCAAUGAUAUGAACUGCCAAAAAACACCCCAUAAAUAACCACAAAGGAAACUUUGAUUUGAACUUUCUUUGUUUCAGCUGCUAUUUGAAUGACUCAUGACUAUAACAUCUGUCAGGCUUUAUUUAAUCAAAAGCAAAAUGACAAAACAAAACAACAAGUUCAGAGAAGCCUGCCACAAAAUCAAUUUACCAAUGACAACUCAAUAUAAACACAUAAUUGAACAUGAGUGGGGCACACGUGGCAGUUGCUCCAAAUCCCUCCAUUUGUUUAAACAUAUUUGGAACUUGGGUUAGGAUGGUUUUGUUUUCUCCAGAGCCUGUAUUAUUAUGAGGCAGUAAUAGGCUUAUGGUGGAGCUGUGAAUAGAGGCUUGUGGAGAUUUCCCUCUACAUUACUGGUUUAGUGUAGCUUCUAAUUAGGCCCUCUACCAAACUCUUCACUUCCUGGCUGUCUGUCUGACAUAAAAGAGAUGUGGGGUGGCCGGGCCGGCCUGCUGAGGUCCCACAGCACACAUGUUCAGAGCCUGCUCUGUUUACACAUUGUAUUCCUGCAUACAAACCAACCAACCUCAUGCCAAGCCCAUGCCAAGCUCAACCCUUCAACACCGAGGCUGCCGCCUUUUACAAUGCAGUCGUUGACGCCAACGAAAAUGGAUCCUCCGUUAUAACCUGAAACAUAUCUUCCCCUUUGUGUUCACUUACCCUCAGACAGACACAUUUGUAAUGGGUGCCUUUUUGGGUUCUGUCUUUUUCCAUUCGUUUGGUAAUUUUUCCCAGAUUAACAUCAAAGGAGGUUGUGAAGUGCUUUCAAUUAUUUAUAUUUUUUGUCAUUUAGCAGACGCUCUUAUCCAGAGCGACUUACAGUUAGUGAGUGCAUACAAUGUUUUAUUUAAAAAAAUAAAAUAAAAUAAUACUGGCCCCCCGUGGGAAACGAAACCACAACAAUGGCGUUGCAAACGCCAUGCUCUACCAACUGAGCUACAUCCCUCUGCCGGCCAUUCCCUCCCCUACCCUGGACGACUUGUGCGCCGCCCCAUGGGUCUCCCGGUCGCGGCCGGCUACGAACCAGGGCCUGGAUUCGAACCAGGAUCUCUAGUGGCACAGCUAGCACUGCGAUGCAGUGCCUUAGACCACUGCGCCACUCGGGAGACAUGUGUUGCCAGUGUGCAGGCUAAGGUUUCAUUCUCUCUCUCUCUCUCUCUCUCUCUCUCUCUCUCUCUCUCUCUCUCUCUCUCUCUCUCUCUCUCUCUCUCUCUCUCUCUCUCUCUCUCUCUCUCUCUCUCUCUCUCCAGCACUGUAAACAUGGCCAGUGCAUUACCAAGGAGCAUGAUGCCACGCCCGUGGAGGGGGCGUGGGGAGGCUGGUCUCCGUUUGGCUCCUGCUCGCGGACGUGUGGCGGGGGCAUCAAAAUCGGCAACCGCGAGUGCAACCAACCCAUGUAAGCACAGCCUUUGUAGUCAUGCAAGUCUACUGGACUGUGUCUCCCUUGGAGCUGCCGUGGUCAAUGUUCCAUACCAUCAAGCCUCCUUAAAUGAAUUCUUUACAUAUCAAUCCUAAAGUACAAGAUUUGACGAUGUAUUUAUUUACCACCUUCAUCCAGGCCCAAGAACGGGGGGAAGUACUGUGUGGGGCGCAGGAUGAAGUUCCGCUCGUGUAACUCAGAGCCCUGCUCCAAGCAGAAGAGAGACUUCAGAGAGGAGCAGUGUGCGGCCUUCGAUGGCCGGCACUUCAACAUCAACGGUCUACCUCCUAAUGUGCGCUGGGUACCCAAAUACAGCGGAAGUAAGAACAUCUUCUUUCUCUUGACGCCUUCUGGGUUUUGCAUUUUACUAAUACAGAGAAAAAUCUAUGUACUGGACUGUUUAGGCCGUUAGAAAUUGUGCCAUUGUAAGCAAACUAAGGCUUCCUGUAGAUGUGCACAAAGCACUCUGAGUGCUCAGUGAAUCAAUGUGAUACAGCAUGAGGACACUAAGUCAACUUGUUAGAGCAUCCAUAUGGUUGAAUUCAUUAGCCCCUUUAAUGUGGUCAGUGGACUGUUUUCACCAUUCAACCUUCCUCUCCUGUCCUGUAGUUCAGAUGAAGGAUCGCUGUAAGCUGUUUUGCAGGGUGGCUGGCAGCACCGCCUACUAUCAGCUCAGGGAUCGGGUCAUCGACGGCACGCCAUGUGGCCCCGACACCAAUGACAUCUGUGUGCAGGGCCUGUGCAGGGUGAGACUGACACACAGCCUUUAACAGCUUCAGCCUGACAGCUAACCUAAUAUGCCAUUCAUAACAGUCAUAAGAUAAUAAUGGUAUUAUUUUAAAAUGAGAAGAAUAUUGUUCACAGAGGAGGUGUGUUUCUUCAUUUUACUGUACUCCCUAUUAGAGGCAACUCGAACUAAACCCAACUAUACCUGAAUAGAGUUUCACUUUGGUGCUGUUUACGAUAGAGAUUUCCUGUCAGAUGUGUUACAGUGAUAUGGACUUAACACACUUAACCAGGUUAGGUUCUGUGUAUUAAGCAACUAUUUUCUUAGGUCAUAUGGUUUUUAUCCCUGUUGCAGAGCACAGUACAGGAUUUCAUAAGAAUGCCACUACUUUAAUUACAUUAUCUCACAAAUACUAAAAUCUUAGCUGCAUCAAUGUUUAUUAAUAUGAAUCUGCCAAGCAAAUUAAUGUGAGAGUGAUGAGUUUUAUGUUGUAGCACUAGUUGGAUAUUUAUCCUUCCAUGUCCUAUACCCCCCUUUCCCUCCCCCUCAUCAUCUGCCUUCUCCUCUUCCUCCUCCACUUCCUUUCCCUCAUUAACCACCUCCUCUAUUUUCUCCUUCUCAUCCCUGUGCAGCAAGCGGGAUGUGACCAUGUGUUGAAUUCCAAGGCGAGGAGAGAUAAGUGUGGUGUGUGUGGCGGUGACAACUCCUCGUGCAAGACCGUGGCAGGCACCUUCAACAUGGUGCGAUACGGUGAGCCUAGGGCCAGUCGUGGUGUUCAAACUAUGUGUCAUCACAAUGACUGAAAAGGGUCAUUCACUAGCCCAUUAAAUACUUAAGCAAUAAGGCCGGAGGAGGUGUGGUAUAUGGCCAAAAUACCACGGCUAAGGGCUGUUCUUACGCACGACGCAAUGCGGAGUGCCUGAACACAGCCCUUAGCCGCGGUAUAUUGGCCAUAUAUCACAAACCCCUGAGGUGCCUUAUUGCUAUUAUAAACUGGUUACCAACUUAAUUAUAUACGGUCUGAUAUACCAUGGCUUUCAGCCAAUUAGCAUUCAGGGCUUGAACCACCCAGUUUAUAAUGACCACUGACUCAGUCAUGUCCACUCAGAGACAUUGAGUUCUCUUCUGCUUGUUGUGCUGCAGGGUACAACGAAGUGGUGAGAAUACCCAGUGGUGCUACAAAUAUUGAUGUGCGUCAACACAGCUACUCAGGGAAACCAGAGGACGAUAACUACCUCGGUAAGACUCAAACUCACUAUCAAAACACUAUUUUAGGGUCUUGUUGGCUGUUGAAUUUAAACAUUAGCUGGGGCAUUUUAUUUGUCACUGUCCGUCAUAUCAUAGUUCAGGAUGUCUACCAUUCAGAGUUGUCAAAAGGUUUAGUAUUCUCUUCUUGAGCAGAUAUGAGAUGGUUCAAUGGCGCCAGAGGGGAUGGCUGCCGUUUUACGGGCUCCUAAACAAUUGUGCUAUUUUGUGUAUUUUAUACAUAAUGUUUCUGCCAGUGUCUCUUAUGACCGAAAAGAGAUUCUGGAUAUCAGAACAGCAAUUACUCACCACGAACUGGACAAAGAUUUUUUCUUCAAUGAGUCAGACGGGAAGGAUUUACUGCUGCUACCAGACCAGGCCCAAAUCCCCGUCAUUCAUAUGAAGAGACACCACCGAUACAGGGAAUGCAGAUCCAGGUGCCUUGUGAGAAUUUGCCGGCGAGUGGGUAACCCGCCUCUACCAUCCAUCCUAUUGGCCAACGUGCAAUCAUUGAAGCAUAAACUGGAUGAGCUCCGUUUGAGACUAUCCUACCAAUGGGACAUUAAAAAAAGUAAUAUCUUAUGUUUCAGUCAUGGCUGAAUGACGACAUGUAUAAUAUACAGUUGGCUGGGUUUUCCGUGCAUCAGCAAGACAGAACAGUUACCUCCGGUAAGACGAGGGGUGGUGGUCUGUGUCUAUUUGUCAAUAAAAGCUGGUGCGCGAAAUCUAAUAUUAAAGAAGUCUUGAGGUUUUGCUAGCCUGAGGUAAAGUACCUCAUGAUAAGCUGAAGACCACACUAUUUACCAAGAGAGUUUUAAUCUAUAUUUUUCAUAGCUGUCUAUUUACCACCACAAACCGAUGCUGACACUAAGACUGCACUCAACAAGCUGUAUAAGGCCAUUAGCAAACAAGAAAAUGCUCAUCCAGAGGCGGCGCUCCUAGUGGCCGGGGACUUUAAUGCAGGAAAACUAAAAUCAGUUUUACCAAAUGUCUACCAGCAUGCAACGUGCAAACAGAGGAAGAAAAAAAACUCUAGACUAUCUUUACUCCACACACAGAGAUGUGUUCUAUCCUCCUGAUUCCUGCUUACAAGCAAAAAAUAAAGCAGGAAGUACCAGUGACUCGCUCAAUACCGAAGUGGUCAGAUGACGCAGAUGCUAAGCUACAGAACAGCUUUCCUAGCACAGACAGGAAAAUGUUCCUGGGAUUCAUCCGAUGGCAUUGAAGAGUAUACCACAUCAGUCACCGUGCAUCGAUGACGUCGUCCCCACAGUGACCGUACAUACAGUAGGGAAAAAAAGUAUUUAGUCAGCCACCAAUUGUGCAAGUUCUCCCACUUAAAAAGAUGAGAGAGGCCUGUAAUUUUCAUCAUAUGUACACGUCAACUAUGACAGACAAAUUGAGGAAAGAAAUUCCAGAAAAUCACAUUGUAGGAUUUUUAAUGAAUUUAUUUGCAAAUUAUGGUGGAAAAUAAGUAUUUGGUCACCUACAAACAAGCAAGAUUUCUGGCUCUCACAGACCUGUAACUUCUUCUUUAAGAGGCUCCUCUGUCCUCCACUCGUUACCUGUAUUAAUGGCACCUGUUUGAACUUGUUAUCAGUAUAAAAGACACCUGUCCACAACCUCAAACAGUCACACUCCAAACUCCACUAUGGCCAAGACCAAAGAGCUGUCAAAGGACACCAGAAACAAAAUUGUAGACCUGCACCAGGCUGGGAAGACUGAAUCUGCAAUAGGUAAGCAGCUUGGUUUUAAGAAAUCAACUGUGGGAGCAAUUAUUAGGAAAUGGAAGACAUACAAGACCACUGAUAAUCUCCCUCGAUCUGGGGCUCCACGCAAGAUCUCACCCCGUGGGGUCAAAAUGAUCACAAGAACGGUGAGCAAAAUUCCCAGAACCACACGGGGGGACCUAGUGAAUGACCUGCAGAGAGCUGGGACCAAAGUAACAAAGCCUACCAUCAGUAACACACUACGCCGCCAGGGACUCAAAUCCUGCAGUGCCAGACGUGUCCCCCUGCUUAAGCCAGUACAUGUCCAGGCCCGUCUGAAGUUUGCUAGAGUGCAUUUGGAUGAUCUAGAAGAGGAUUGGGAGAAUGUCAUAUGGUCAGAUGAAACCAAAAUAUAACUUUUUGGUAAAAACUCAACUCGUCGUGUUUGGAGGACAAAGAAUGCUGAGUUGCAUCCAAAGAACACCAUACCUACUGUGAAGCAUGGGGGUGGAAACAUCAUGCUUUGGGGCUGUUUUUCUGCAAAGGGACCAGGACGUCUGAUCCGUGUAAAGGAAAGAAUGAAUGGGGCCAUGUAUCGUGAGAUUUUGAGUGAAAACCUCCUUCCAUCAGCAAGGGCAUUGAAGAUGAAACGUGGCUGAGUCUUUCAGCAUGACAAUGAUCCCAAACACACCGCCGGGGCAACGAAGGAGUGGCUUCGUAAGAAGCAUCUCAAGGUCCUGGAGUGGCCUAGCCAGUCUCCAGAUCUCAACCCCAUAGAAAAUCUUUGGAGGGAGUUGAAAGUCCGUGUUGCCCAGCGACAGCCCCAAAACAUCACUGCUCUAGAGGAGAUCUGCAUGGAGGAAUGGGCCAAAAUACCAGCAACAGUGUGUGAAAACCUUGAAGACUUACAAAAAACGUUUGACCUGUGUCAUUGCCAACAAAGGGUAUAUAACAAAGUAUUGAGAAACUUUUGUUAUUGACCAAAUACUUAUUUUCCACCACAAUGUGAUUUUCUGGAUUUUCUUUCCUCAUUUUGUCUGUCAUAGUUGACGUGUACCUAUGAUGAAAAUUACAGGCCUCUCUCAUCUUUUUAAGUGGGAGAACUUGCACAAUACCCCAACCAGAAGCUAUGGAUUACAGGCAACAUCCGCACUGAGCUAAAGGGUAGAGCUGCCGCUUUCAAGGAGAGGGACUCUAACCCGGACGCUUAUAAGAAAUCCCGCUAUGUCGUCCGAUGAACCAUCAAACAGGCAAAGCGUCAAUACAGGACUAAGUUUGAAUCCUACUACACCGGCUCUGACGCUCACCGGAUGUGGCAGGGCUCGCAAACUAUUAAGGAUUACAAAGGGAAGCCCAGCUGCGAGCUCCCCAGUGACACGAGCCUACCAGACGAGCUAAAUCACUUCUAUGCACGCUUCAAGGCAAGCAACACUGAAGCAUGCAUGAGAGCACCAGCUGUUGUGGACAACUGUGUGAUCACGCUCUCCGUAGCCGAUAUGAGUAAGACCUUUAAACAGGUCAACAUUCACAAGGCCGCAGGGCCAGACGGAUUACCAGGACGUGUACUCAGAGCAUGCGCUGACCAACUGGCAAGUGUCUUCACUGACAUUGUCAACCUGUCCCUGACAGAGUCUGUAAUACCUACAUGUUCCAAGCAGACCACCAUAGUCCCUGUGCCCAAGUACGCCAAGAAAACCUGCCUAAAUGACUACAGACCUGUAGCACUCACGUCUGUAGCCACGAAGUGCUUUGAAAGGCUGGUCAUGGCUCACAUCAACACCAUCAUCCCAGAAACCCUAGACCCACUCCAAUUCAAAUACCGCCCCAACAGAUCCACAGAUGACGCAAUCUCUAUUGCACUCCACACUGCCCUUUACCACCUACACAAAAGGAACACCUACGUCAGAAUGCUGUUCAUUGACUACAGCUCAGCGUUCAACACCAUAGUGCCCUCAAAGCUCAUCACUAAGCUAAGGACCCUGGGACUAAACACCUCCCUCUGCAACUGGAUCCUGUAAUUCCUGAUGGGCCACCCCCAGGUGGUAAGGGUAGGCAACAACACAUUUGCCACGCUGAUCCUCAACACGGGGGCCCCUCAGGGGCUCAGUUCCCUCCUGUACUCCCUGUUCACCCACAACUGCGUGGUCAAGCAUGACUCCAACACCACCAUUAAGUUUACAGACAACACAAAGGUGGUAGGCCUGAUCACCAACAACGAUGAGACAGCCUAUAGGGAGGUGGUCAGAGACCUGGUAGUGUGGUGCCAGGACAACAACCUCUCCCUCACCGUGAUAAAGACAAAUGAGAUGAUUGUGGACUACAGGAAAAGGAGGGCUGACCACGCCCCAUUCACAUCGACGGGGCUGUAGUGGAGCAGCUCGAGAGCUUCAAGUUUCUUGGUGUCCACAUCACCAACAAACUAUUAUGGUCCAAACACACCAAGACAGUCAUGAAGAGGGCACGACAAUGCCUUUUCCCCCUCAGGAGUCUGAAAAGAUUUGUCAUUGGUCCUCAGAUCCUCAAAAAAGUUAUACAGUUACACCAUCGAGAGCAUCCUGACUGGUUGCAUCACCGCCUGGUAUGGCAACUGCUCGGCAUCCAACCGCAAGGCGCUACAGAGGGUAGUGCGUACGGCCCAGUACAUCACUGGGGCCAAGCUUCCUGUGAUCCAGGACCUCUAUACCAGGCGGUGUCAGAGGAAGGCGAAAAAAAUGGCCACCCUAGUCAUAGACUGUUCUCUCUGCUACUGCACGGCAAGCUGUACCGGAGCGCCAAGUCUAGGUCCAAAAGGUUCCUUAACAGCUGCUACCCCCAAGCCAUAAGACUGCUGAACAGUUAAUCAAAUGGCUGCUCUGACUAUUUGCAUUGACCCCCUGUUUUUUUACGCUGCUGCUACUCGCUGUUUAUUAUCUAUGCAUAAUCACUUUCCCCUACCUACAUGUACAUAUUACCUCAAUUACCUCGACUAACCUGUACCCCCGCACAUUGACUCGGUACCGGUACCCCCUGUAUAUGGCCUCGUUAUUGUUAUUUUAUUGUGUUACUUUCUUUUUACUUUAGUUUAUUUAGUAAAUAUUUUCUUUACUCUUAUUUUUCUUAACAUUUACAUUUUAGUCAUUUAGCAGACGCUCUUAUCCAGAGCGACUUACAGUUAGUGAGUGCAUACAUUAUAAUUUUGUUAUUUUUUCAUACUGCAUUGUUGGUUAAGGGCUUGUAAGUAAGCAUUUCACGGUAAGGUCUACACCUGUCGUAUUUGGCGCAUUUGACAAAUAAAAUUGGAUUUGAUUUGAUUUAUGGUUGGUGGUGAUACUGUAGUGUUCUGCUUGUCUUCAGCUGAGAGCUUUGGCGGGCCCAUUGAACCUGGCCUGUACGAGAGUUUAGGGCACACAUGCUAACGCGUUAAUGAUCCAGAACUCAUAUAGCCCUCUGGGGUCCAUUUCAUUCUCUCUGUGCUGCUCGUAAAGGUCACUAUGCUUGUGUUUCUUUGUGUGUGUGUGUGUGUUUGUGUGUGUGUGUCUGUGUGUGUGUGCAUGACUGUCUCUGCGGGUGCGCUGGGGCCUUCUCUCUGUGCUGCUCGUAAAGGUCGCUAUGUUUGUGUUUCUUUGUGUGUGUGUGUCUGUGUGUGUGUGUGUGUCUGUGUGUGUGUGUGUGACUGUCUCUGCGGGUGUGCUGGGGCUUGAGUGGGAACAGGGGGUAAGAGGGCUUGCGGGAAGUGGGCCGGUCUCUGCGGCCACAUAACUGUGAUGUGUGAAAUGGCGAGGAAAGUAACUCAGGAAAUUAGCUCCAUAAUCGUAUUAGUGUGUAUGUGUGCAGCAGACAGACUGAUGAACAGAACAGGAGGACUGAGAUUCCUCCAGGAGGAAUGCAGGAUUCUUUGACCCCAAUUAGGUUUAUCUGCUCUCUGUUGCAGGCCUUACUGUAAAUUAAAACAUCAGCUGUUUUGCUGCUCUUUUUUUAAUCACUGAGUUAAGUGAGAGUUUGUUUACAGUUGACCAACUCUCUUUUCAGAGUAGACAACUCUACAGUAUGUCUAUGUAAACACUCAGCCAACUCUACAGUAUGUCCAUGUAAACACUCAGCCAACUCUACAGUAUGUCCAUGUAAACACUCAGCCAACUCUACAGUAUGUCCAUGUAAACACUCAGCCAACUCUACAGUAUGUCCAUGUAAACACUCAGCCAACUCUACAGUAUGUCUAUGUAAACACUCAGCCAACUCUACAUUAUGUCCAUGUAAACACUCAGCCAACUCUACAGUAUGUCCAUGUAAACACUCAGCCAACUCUACAGUAUGUCUAUGUAAACACUCAGCCAACUCUACAUUAUGUCCAUGUAAACACUCAGCCAACUCUACAGUAUGUCUAUGUAAACACUCAGCCAACUCUACAUUAUGUACAUGUAAACACUCAGCCAACUCUACAGUAUGUCUAUGUAAACACUCAGCCAACUCUACAUUAUGUCCAUGUAAACACUCAGCCAACUCUACAGUAUGUCCAUGUAAACACUCAGCCAACUCUACAGUAUGUCCAUGUAAACACUCAGCCAACUCUACAGUAUGUCUAUGUAAACACUCAGCCAACUCUACAUUAUGUCCAUGUAAACACUCAGCCAACUCUACAGUAUGUCCAUGUAAACACUCAGCCAACUCUACAGUAUGUCCAUGUAAACACUCAGCCAACUCUACAUUAUGUCUAUGUAAACACUCAGCCAACUCUACAUUAUGUCCAUGUAAACACUCAGCCAACUCUACAGUAUGUCCAUGUAAACACUCAGCCAACUCUACAGUAUGUCCAUGUAAACUCUCAGCCAACUCUACAGUAUGUCUAUGUAAACACUCAGCCAACUCUACAUUAUGUCCAUGUAAACACUCAGCCAACUCUACAGUAUGUCUAUGUAAACACUCAGCCAACUCUACAUUAUGUCCAUGUAAACACUCAGCCAUCUCUACAGUAUGUCCAUGUAAACACUCAGCCAACUCUACAGUAUGUCCAUGUAAACACUCAGCCAACUCUACAGUAUGUAUAUGUAAACACUCAGCCAACUCUACAUUAUGUCCAUGUAAACACUCAGCCAACUCUACAGUAUGUCUAUGUAAACACUCAGCCAACUCUACAGUAUGUCCAUGUAAACACUCAGCCAACUCUACAGUAUGUCCAUGUAAACACUCAGCCAACUCUACAGUAUGUCUAUGUAAACACUCAGCCAACUCUACAGUAUGUCCAUGUAAACACUCAGCCAACUCUACAGUAUGUCCAUGUAAACACUCAGCCAACUCUACAGUAUGUCCAUGUAAACACUCAGCCAACUCUACAGUAUGUCUAUGUAAACACUCAGCCAACUCUACAUUAUGUCCAUGUCAACACUCAGCCAACUCUACAGUAUGUCUAUGUAAACACUCAGCCAACUCUACAGUAUGUCUAUGUAAACACUCAGCCAACUCUACAUUUACAUUUUACAUUUACGUCAUUUAGCAGACACUCUACAGUAUGUCCAUGUAAACACUCAGCCAACUCUACAGUAUGUCUAUGUACACUCAGCCAACUCUACAUUAUGUCCAUGUAAACACUCAGCCAACUCUACAGUAUGUCCAUGUAAACACUCAGCCAACUCUAUAGUAUUCCCAUGUAAACACUGUUUGAUUUCCUCAACAAAAGGAAAAAUGACUUUAGCUGAGCUCAUCAGACACUUGUGGUUUCUCACCCUGUCCCAUACUGUACUUUCAAACUCUUAUGACAUCCUAUUUAUUCAUGUCAGUGUCACCUCCUCUCUCUUUUUAUGUAGCUGUUUCAAACAGCCGUGGGGAGUAUCUGCUCAAUGGCGAGUUUGUGGUUAGCAUGUUUAAAAGGGAAAUCAAACUGGGCAACGCCAUCAUCGAGUACAGCGGAUCUGACCACGUCAUCGAGAGAAUCAAUUGCACUGACCGUAUCGAAGAGGAGAUCAUUGUCCAGGUAAUGACUCCUUACCUAACUGUUGAGAAUGUGACACAGUAAAAUGGUUGUGAUGCAAAUGGAACAGUGGAACUGUACGGAUCGUUCUGUUCCUCUGCCCCCCUCUCACUCCGCAGGUGCUUUCUGUAGGUAACUUGUACAACCCAGACGUCAGGUACUCCUAUAACAUCCCCAUCGAGGAUAAAACCCAGCAGUUCGUCUGGGACGCCUACGGGCCCUGGCAGGAGUGCAGCAGGCCCUGCCAAGGUGAGGGUUGGGGGAGGGAUGUGAAGGGAACAGAGGGGAAGGGGUGUAGGGGUUAGGGGGGUAAAGAGAAGAUUGUGGAGGAGUGUGGGAAAGGUGAUGGGGUGUGGGAAAGGAGGUGAAAGAUCAGGGGAGAGAGGAGUUGAGGCUGUAUGUGGUUGUAUCUGACAACCAUGAAGUCCUCGUCUCCAACACGAAAAAAGCUCCUGCAACCAAGCGUUUUCUAGAAAGUAGAAAAGUAGACAUUUCUCAUUAAAUAGUGUAGAAUGCUGUACCCUACAGUCUUGUCAGGGUGUGUGAAACAUGGAAUUCAGGUGCAAAAUUGUGGUAUUUAUUAACAGGUGCAGAAGGUGAGCUGGAUCUAUGACAAGACGUUGACAGAUUCUGACUUAUACAGAUAAACUAAAUGGUCAAUAUACUGAAGCUACAAUUAGCUUCUAAGAAAGAGCACCUUUAAACUAGGCAGAGCGCCUAUAACUUUGAUAAAGCGUCAAUGAUUGCACACAGCUGUGUUUAGUAGGCCUAGACUAGAGCAUUGGAUAACAUGUCACUCCAGCCUAUGCUCUCCUGAAAAUGGGCACCUGAAGCCUAACCUGUAACACUGAGAUAAUACAGAAUGCACCUAAACAGGUAUUUCAUCAAUUAUCAUUAGCCUAAUAAUUCCCUUUACAAUCAGUACUUCUCAAUAGUUAUCUUAUCAAUGACCAAUCCAUAAUACAUUUAAACAUUUCAGGACAAAAUACUGUAUCACAUUAACGUUAAACUAAUAUACUGUAGAUAGGCUAUUAUUAGGAAAACACCCCUCGACAUAGAACAUUUGGAGAAUCUCAAUAGUAUUUCCUUGAUUCCUCGGGUGCUCUCUCCUCGCCUCCUUCUCAAAACCCAUUGGAUGAGGAGGUCAGAGGUCCCAGAGGAAUCAAGGAAAUGCUAUUGAGAUUCUCCCAUUGUAAUUACUGUGCGCACCAACCUGCUGGAUAACUAUGCACACAUGAGCGGCUGCCGCGGUCUCUCCAAAUCAGUAAACAACCUACGGUGGUAAGUACAGCUCAGGGAUACAAAUGGAACUUAACUUCUUAAUAAACAUUUCUACUUGCGUGUACGCUUGCAAAGCUACCGGUAAUUUACCAAGGUUACCGGAAUCUUCAGUAAGAUUCUUUGGUAAUUUAUGCUUGAAUAACUUGUAAAAAAUUUAUUCAUAUAUAGUAUUAAUUUAUUAUAUAUGUUUCCAUAUUGUGCAUGAGUUUCUAGUAGAUAGAACAUAUGGUUUAAGAGAAAUCAAUCAAUCAAUCAAAUGUAUUUAUAAAGCCCUUUUUACAUCAGCAGAUGUCACAAAGUGCUAUACAGAAACCCAGCCUAAAACCCCAAACAGCAAGCAAUGCAGAUGUAGAAGCACGGUGGCUAGGAAAAACUCCCUAGAAAGGCAGAAACCUAGGAAGAAACCUAGAGAGGAACCAGGCUCUGAGGGCCUUCUGGCUGUGCCCGGUGGAGAUUAUAACAGUACAUGGCCAUUAAGGCCAGAUUUUUCUCCAAGAUGUUCAAACGUUCAUAGAUGACCAGCAGGGUCAAAUAAUAAUCAUAGUGGUUGUAGAGGUUGCAAUAGGUUAGUACAUCAGGAGUAAAUGUCACUUGGCUUUUCAUAGCCGGGCAUUUAGAGGUUGAAAUAGCAGGUGCAGUAGAGAGAAACGUUGGGUCUGGGACAAGGUAGCACGUCCGGUGAACAGGUCAGGGACAGGUCAGGGAUAGCCGCAUGCAGAAGAGUUCAAACUGGAGCAGCAGCACGACCAGGUGGACUGGGGACAGCAAGGAGUCAUCAGGCCAGGUAGUCCUGAGGCAUGGUCCUAGGGCUCAGGUCCUCCGGGAGGGGAGGGUGAGAGGGAGAGAAAAUAGCCUAAUUAAUGAAAACAGCAUCUAAUCAACAAUGGUAUUCUUUUCAAUUAACAGCAACUCUUCAACUAUUUACUUUUUUCACAACUGCCACCAGAUUGACGCCAAAACAUUGACAACAAAUACAUAUUGACAUAAUAAAAAAAUAUAUAUAAAGGAUAUUUCAUGCUGAACCCCUCAUAUUUAACACCAAUGGUAUUCACUAAAUUGAUGGUUUAUAUUUAGGAUAAUGUUUUACAGCUUUGUCAUUCUAUCUAUUAUUUUAAAAUAAUUUCAUACAAUUAUUUCAUAUGUAAUAAGGCCACACAGAAGGCCAGAGAUUAUUACAGACACCUGUGAUAAUAUGAAGUACCCAGAAGGGCCACUACAUUUUAGUCAUUUAGCAGACGCUCUUAUCCAGAGCGACUUACAGUGAGUGAGUGCAUACAUUAUUAUAAUUUUUUUCAUACUGGCCCCCCGUGGGAAUCAAACCCACAACCCUGGCGUUGCAAACGCCAUGCUCUACCAACUGAGCUACACGGGACACUAGAUGUAUUGUGAUCGAUGACAUAAAAUCCUUGAAAGAUACCAAAAUUCUGGUAGUUUACUGGUAAGCUUAGAAAGUUUCCAGUAAUAUACCCUCCCUUUGCAACCCUACUAGCGUGUGACCUUUUCUAUAACAACUGUGGGACUUCUUUAGCAUUAGGAAUUUGCUUGAAAACGUUAGCAACACUAACAACCAUUACAAUCUGAGUUUGGCGCUAAAAUAGCCAAGUACCUCAACUCCUCCACGGAGUUGAGCGCAGACUAGCCCAUUCAUAGACACUAACUACUCUAAUUAGCACAGGUAGUCAAGGUCAAGAAUUACAGUGAAAUGCUAGGUGUGUGUAUGUUUCUGUGCUCCCUGUAGUCUAAGCUGUAAGGGAAAAGAAGAGAACUCACAUGGUGGAGGUGGGGAAACUGUCCAAGCAAGCUAGAAGUAAAGCAGAGAGAAAGUGAUGUUAAAAUUAUACAUUUCUUUUUAAAUCAAACAAUUAGUUUAUUCAAUUGUGACCUUAUUUCAUUGAAAAUAAAGUGAUAUUUCAUAGAUAACCAUUGUUUUAAACCCCUCUUUACUAUUUAAAAUGCAAUCACUUCCUUAUUUAUGACAGGUCAGGAUCGGUCAUCUGACUUAGUUACUGUUUUCAAAUGCUAGCCAAGGAGCCAUUAGCCUAGUCAUUCAAAAAAUCUAAUCUAUCACCCCAUUUCAAUAGACUUAAAAAUUAAAGCCUAACUUGUGAUAACAGUACUAAAGAGACAUAGCAAGAGGUAUAUCAAACCUCAUUUGUCACUUUCCAUGGAAGCAAAAGUUUUUAAUGUUUUUUUUUGUCAAAGCUAGCUAGGUAGCAGCCAGUGGCAGAGAACAUGCUAGCUAAGCUAGCUAAUUUACUCAUACAAAAUAUUCUACAAACACAACACUUUAAAACCGACCUAUGCCACCUCCUAACAUGUUUAUAUAAACAUUUGUUGUAGUUUUAGUAUGUUUCUCUGACCCCAUACCUGUCAAAAAAUAUUGUAAUAUUAGCAGUAUCUGAACUAGCUAAACUGCCUGGCAGCCAUUUCCUCAACUUCCAACUGUCAACUGUUGCUAUGGUGACCAAGAUGUCACAUGACUGUUCAUCUUCUUGUUCGUCUAAAUGACCAAAAUGUAAAUCUAAUGUAAAUUGUAAAGGAGAGUUAAAAACACGUCUCUUUGGAAUAGAAAACUAGCUAGCUAUAUACAAAAUAAUGUGCACUCACCUCCGCACACAUUUGAUCUUCUCCUUCAGCAGUUUGACUAUCCGAUAUGGCCCUAGUAAUAUCAAAAUCCUGCAAGAUUCGUGCUGGAAUUGGUCCUGCAGGAAUAUCAAAAUCCUGCAGGAUUGGUGCUGGAAUUUACUUGGUCCUGCAGGAAUUGCCAUAUCCUGCAGGAAUAUCAAAAUCCUGCAGGUUUCAGUCCUGCAGGAUACCUGCAGGAAUGUACUUGGUCAUGCAGGAAUUGCCAUAUCCUGCAGGAAUAUCCAAAUCCUGCAGGUUUCGGUCCUGCAGGAUUCCUGCAGUAAUUGUCAUGUUUGUGCAGGAUUUUCAAAAUUUCUUCAGGACAAUUCAUACUAAAAAGGACAAACAUUUUAAAUGUAAAUAUGCAAUGGAGAGAAAUGUCGACGUCACGGGCGCUCUUCAGUGUCAACGUCACAUUUCUAUUUAUCUAUGAAGAUUUACUGAUUUACUGCUCUUAAUGUUUGGUUAUAAAAAUUGAGAACAGAAGGUAAGGUUUCUGGGAAUACUUUUUGAAUUGAUUUUGCAAUGAUUUAAACCAUGUACGUCAAACGUGACUCUUGGAGGAACACACUCCUGCUGGUUUUCAUUCUUGCCUUUUGACAAGUGUCUGAUUUAGACUUCAAAGAAUCCAAGCGCGCAUGGACUUUCCAGCCAAUCGAUUCAAUCCCAGGGAGAAACCAAAAGCAGUAGGACCAUGACCAAGGAACUAAACCUUCUCUCACACCCCAUCAGGAGAGCGUAAGAGGAAGAUCCUGUGUAGUAGAGAGUCGGACCGUGUGGUGGUCUCAGACCAGAGAUGCCAUGGGGCUGCCAGACCAGCCAUGGUCACAGAACCCUGCAACGCAGAGUGUGAAAUCAGGUACUACCUAAACCACUCUCCAUCUGUCCAUAUCACAGAUUCUUCAUCACUAUCUUUAUAUCUGUGAUCUGUAUGCUGUAUGAUAUAAAAUUAUGAAGUUGUUUCCUGUCAGCGUCUCUCACCUAUGACCUUUCCUGUCUGUACAGGUGGCAUGUGGCACAGAAGAGUGAGUGUACAGUCCCGUGUGGAGUGGGAUAUCGUACGCUGGAGAUCUAUUGCGCCAAACUCAGACGUACCGACGGAAAGACCCAGAAGGUGGACGAGCGUUACUGCAGCAGUCAACGUAAACCUGAGGACAAGGAGAGUUGCCAUGGAGACUGUAACCCGGCCGGUUGGGAGUACUCUUCUUGGUCAGAGGUGAGACCGCCUGUUUUUCGGGGGGCUAAGAAAAAGAGAAGGCAAAACAGAAGGAAAAUGGUUGAAUACGCGUACGUGUGUUUCAGUGCUCCAAAAGCUGUGGCGGAGGGUCCCGGCGUCGUGCGGCCGUGUGUGGGAAGUCCUCUGAGGCAGAAAGUGAUGAGAGUAAGUGCAGCCAGCGAGACAAGCUCACCACCGUCCAGAACUGCAAUGAGUUCCUGUGUCCCGCGUGGAAGACCGGAGACUGGUCUGAGGUCAGUUCUAUGGAGAAUGUUUGGACUACGCUUUGGAAAUGAUGGUUAUCACUUGAAAUGAAUUUAGGAAUUUAGAACCCAGGUGGCCUUUUUACGCUACGACCAGUUUGUUGUUAAAGAUGUAAAAAUGACAGGGCGCCAGUGAAGUGGGUCAAAGAUCAAAUCCAAAUGUUAAUAAUUAGUGUCCUUGUUAUGUCUUGUCAUGUAUGGUGCACUAUGUGGGGCAAUAACUAGCUUUAUUGCAUAGUUUACACAUUCUGUCCAAGCAGCUCAAAAUACUAUGAGUCACAUUCCACAAAUGUUUUAUAUUAUAAACCGGGUAGUUUGGGUCCUGGAUGCUGAUUGGCUGAAAGCUGUGGUACAGUAUAUCAGACAAUAUACCAUGGGUAUGACGCAAAAUGACUUGUUUACCGUUCUAAUUACAUUGGUAACCAGUUUAUAAUAGAAAUAAGGCACCUCAGGGUUUGUGGUAUAUUGGCCAUAUACCACACCCCCUCUGGCCUUAUUGCUUAAAUAUCCCAAACAAACACAUACUGUACACACAUAGCUAACCUACUGUACAUGUCAAAGCUACUGUUAUCUGCACACACACUGUUGUCCUGAUUGUCCUGCCUUUAUGCUAUGUGUGCCCAUGUUUCUCAUUGUGCCUGUUGACUGUUCUUGCAGUGCCCGGUGACGUGUGGGAAAGGGUACAAGCACCGGCAGACAUGGUGCCAGUUUGCAGAGGAUCGACGGGACGACCGCUUCUGUGACUCUGCGUCCAAGCCUGAGUCGGUCCAGACGUGUCAGCAGCAGGACUGUGCCUCGUGGCAGGUCGGACCUUGGGGACAGGUGAGUCACACCUGUUGGACAGUUGACAUACAGUACAGUGACAUGUUUAUGAGAGUGGUGACAUAGCUUUGUGCCAGGUAAUAUUAUGAUAUGUUUGCCAGGUGGCACACACUGUGACAUCUUUGCCAAGUGACAUCUGUGGCUUACCAACUGUUCCUCAAAGACUGUAGUGUUGUGUCUUGCAACAGCUAACGAUUAUGUAUUUGUAUUUAUUAGGGAUCCCCAUUAGCUGCUGCCGAGGCAGCAGCUACUCUUCCUGGGGUCCAAAACAUUAAAGCACAUACAUCACACAUAAAACAAAAGAUAAAACAGUACAUCAUAUAACAUUAUUGCACCACUACAUAUCUAUAAUACAAAAUGUAUAAUACCGGCAUACAACAAUAUUAGAAUGUACGUGUGUGUAGAGUGCGUGUGCUAGCAUGUGUGUGCGUAUGCGUGUGUCUGUACCUGUGUGUGUGUCUCUUCACAGUCCCCGCUGUUCCAUAAAGUGUAUUUUUAUCUGUUUUUUAAAUGUGAUUCUACUGCUUGCAUCAGUUACCUGAUGUGGAAUAGAGUUCCUUGUAGUCAUGGCUCUAUGUAGUACUGUGCACAUCCCAUUGUCUGUUCUGGACUUGGGGACUGUGAAGAGACCUCUGGUGGCAUGUCUUGUGGACUUAUUGUGUCAUUCCAAACGUGUCCAACUGUUUCAAAUAUUAGAAUAUGACCCAAUGAAACAGAAAUUUAUACUACUGUAUCUAUCAUAAUGAAACCGAUUUUGCUUCAGAGUUUUAGCUAUUUGGAACUCUGUCCAAUUGGACAUGAGGCUAUACUAUACUUUCUCCAGAUGUAGAGCAUUGACAGAAGAAAGAUAAGCUAAGCCACUCAUUUAGUCUAUCCCCCAUUCACUCUGUUGUUUAGGCACAUUGCUGACCAUACCAAAAUAAGCAUACACAAUCUGUACACAAUCUUUAUGCUUGCUAAAGCAUAAUCAGUGUAGAUCUCUCAGGAUGAAAAACAGCUGCUUUGUAGCAACCCUUAGGCUCUAGCCUAAAAAGGUAUUGCAACAUUUUGCAAAUCAAAACUAGGUACUUAACACAGCAAACUGCCUGUAAGCCUAAAUGUGUGAUGGAGAUUAGAUGAUCCUAUACCAUGGAAUUGGCCAAAACAGAAAAAAAUUCUGAUAAAACUUAAGUUCCUCACAAUAAAAUGACAGCUCUUAAUAAAGAUUGUUUAAAGUUACUGCCACACAAGUUUGACCUCGUUUCAUUGGAGUCAGUAAGGUAGAAGAGAGUGUGGUGUGUGUACCCACUGACUUAGAUACAGUGGGGGAAAAAGCUGUGGAAAGUAGAUUAAUUACUCAUGCAUUAUGAUUUGGUAUGUAGGCUUUUUUUUGUCCCUCUCUGACUUUCUCUCUGUCACUUUUUUUCUCUUUAUCUCUACCUCUCUCUUUCUUUAAGUCGCUCUUUUCUCUUGUUCUCUCUUUGGUGAACACAGUGCACAACCUUGUGUGGACCAGGCUACCAGAUGCGGGCGGUGAAGUGCGUUGUGGGGUCAUAUGGGUCUGUCAUGGACGACACUGAAUGUAACGCGGCCACACGGCCCACUGACACUCAGGUAAGGACACAGUCCACUAAUACCCAUCUCAACAUCUCUGUACGUACCCCAUCUCCUCUGCACUGAUCUGGAGAGAGUGAAAGCAGUUUGGUGGAUGCCUUCUCAUUUUGUGAAGAUACCUUUGGCUACUGCCCUUGGAUACUACUCUGUUUUCAAGUGACAUUUGUGAGGAUAUAACAUGAAGUGAGGCCUAUAUGCAAUUUUCUCAGUAUUAGACCACCCAGGGCUUGAUUUGUCAGACUCAGUAGAACACGCAAACACCCUAACCCGUUCCUGACACACUACUUGAAUGCUUAGUUGAGAGCUGACCAUGUGACUUUCCCCAUCCCCUGCAGUUGAAGAAUGGUGUUCAAUUUUAUAGUGAGGAAAGUUUUUUUUCCUGUGCAGGCUGUGACACAGGUACAGUCAAUGGCACAUUGUGACCCAGUCCAUUACCACCUGGACUCAAUAAGGCCUUGUUGUCUAAAGGGUGUUCAGAGGGGGGCUGUGCCAGGCCGCUCUUACCCCCAGACGGAGACACAGGAUUGUCUCCCUCCAGCAGUCUGCCUCCUUACGAAGCAUGAAGGAGCAGGAGAGAGGGCCUUUCCACGGCAGGGGGCGCACAGGAGGGGGUCUGGGGGUGGGUGAUGGAGGGGGAGCUGGCUCUAACCCCAGAAACCCAGCCACGGGGCAGGGCUGGUGAUGGGGCAAAACAUUCCUGGAUUAUUCUUGGAAACUGUCCUCACCUUGGUUAUUAUGUAAGUCACACCUACAGUCUGCCAGGGGUAUCGUUUGUCUGUUAAGAGUCUUGUACUGUAGUGUAAUAGUCUAGUUUCCCACCUUAAUGUCUGUCCGUUAACAGUCUUGUACUGUAGUUUAUACCAUGGCAUCUCCAAUCCAAAGUUAAAUCUAGAAUCGGCUUCCUAUUUCGCAACAAAGCCUCCUUCACUCAUGCUGCCAAACAUGCCCUCGUAAAACUGACUAUCCUACCGAUCCUUGACUUCGGCGAUGUCAUUUACAAAAUAGCCUCCAACACUCUACUCAGCAAACUGGAUGUACUGUAGUCGAACACAGUGCCAUCCGUUUUGUCACCAAAGCCCCAUAUACUACCCACAACUGUGACCUGUACGCUCUUCUUGGCUGGUCCUCACUACAUAUUCAUUGCCAAACCCACUGGCUCCAGGCCAUCUAUAAAUCACUGCUAGGCAAAUCUCCGCCUUAUCUUAGCUCAUUGGUCACCAUAGCAACACCCACCCGUAGUAUGCGCUCCAGCAGGUAUAUCUCACUGGUCAUCCCCAAAGCCAACACCUCCUUUGGCCGCCAUUCCUUCCAGUUCUCUGCUGCCAAUGACUGGAACGAACUGCAAAAAUCUCUGAAGCUGGAGACUUUUAUCUCCCUCACUAACUUUAAGCAUCAAUUGUCAGAGCACCUUACCGAUCACUGCACCUGUACACAGCCCUUCUGAAAUUAGCCCACUCAACUACCUCAUCCCCAUAUUGUUAUUUAUUUUGCUCAUUUGCACCCCAGUAUCUCUAUUUGCACAUAAUCUUUUGCACAUCUAUCAUUCCAGUGUUAAUACUAAUUGUAAUUAUUUUGCACUAUGGCCUAUUUAUUGCCUUACCUCCAUAACUUGCUACAUUUGCACACACUGUAUAUAUAUUUUCUGUGGUAUUUUUGACUUUAUGUUUUGUUUUACCUCAUAUGUAACUCUGUUGUUGUUUUUAUCGCACUGCUUUGCUUUAUCUUGGCCAGGUUGCAGUUGUAAAUGAGAACUUGUUCUCAACUGGCUUACCUGGUUAAAUAAAGGUCAAAUAAAAAUAAAAUAAUACAAUUGUUGAAUACUCGUUUCUGAUUGACUUGAAGGGCAUUCUAGAGUGUGCAUUAUUUCCAUAUAACGCACUGUAUAUUUGCACGGUAGAUUUCAAUGGCUAUAGUUUGAGCUACUUUUGAAAGCAAAAGUCAAAUUGAAAACAUUAUUGGCAUUGUUGAAUUCAAUGUUAAUAAUAACAAGCUAGGACGAAUGGUUUGGUUAGCUAAACUAGCAAGUCUGUUUGUUUGGUUACCAAGGCAACUAUUGUCCCUAUCUAGUAAACUUGCUAGCUACUUCAGUGGAUGUUGAACACAUAAAAGGGAUAAUCAACUCGUGGCUCGAUGCAUUCUAUGGAAAAUAAUGAACGACAUGGAAUGUGUGUAGGCUGGUUCUCUCCACCUUAUGUGAACCUAUCUGAAAAUCUCUUCAGUAAAACAAUUCCUGCUCUGUCGAAAAUGACCAACACAUAGACAGUGAACCCAAACUCACAUUCAUACAGUUGCUGACUAAUCGUCACACAUUUCAUGAACCUCUACUUUUAUGGACCUCUCCCCAUGCAUUGGUUUAGUUUAUUAGAGCUUGUUUCGUUCUCUCUCCGUGCUAAUAGUUGGAAGGCAGAAUGGUCUGUUUUCCUGGGGCAUGGGGUGGGCAGGUCAGGGUAGGGUGUGGAGCGGUGGGCUGGGCCAUAAACACAGACUGAGACUCCGGUCCCAGGGAGGCCCCCCUGGUCCCGGCCUUAAUUCCCGACUCAGCCGUCAGGCCUGGUGACCCUGAAUCAGUCACUUCACCUCCCUGUGAUUCCAGCCAGUCAUCCGUGAAGUCUGCUCUGAGAUCGCCCACCCUAAACUACUCCAGGGCUGGAAAAGGGGGAAAGAGAAAAGAACGGAGCUUAUGUUUCAGGACGCCUAUCUCUACCUGAGUUGACCAGCGAGAAGGAGAAGAGAAAACCAAAAAAUACACAACGACGACUUAACACUUGCCUCCUACACACCUACCCACAGACGUGUACACAACAUACAUCAACACACACCCACAGCGUCAUAGACAGGCCUUGGCUGCCUUUAGAACCAGAGUACCUUUUCAUGUUUCACCUCCUUCUUUCUUUCUCUUCUAUUUCUCCCACCACCACCACAACCAUGUUUUACAGUGUGUUUUACUGCUUGAGUGUGAGGCUGUGGAGGCUGUGUUCCCCCUGCCUGCCUGCCUGGCUGGCUGUCUGCCUGGCUGUCUGCCAGGGUCCUGUUUGUUUCCACUCAGAGGACUCAGAGUGUGGAAUGUGGAGCCCUCUAUGGCCCUGCUAAACCUGAGUUAACCUGGGUUCAAAGGUCAUGAGAGGGCACCCGGGGAGUAGAGCAGGGCGGAAGGUGGGGAAGGAGCCCAGUAACAUGCCUGUGUUGGCAUUGGAGACUGGGAUACAACUCCACUGUGACACGUUAUGACAGGCAUCAGGUUAUUCAGAAGGUUGGCCUCAUGUGGAGGGGCUUAACGUUGUGUGUUUCUGGGAUCUGUCAGAGUAACUGUUACUUUUAGUCUGGUGGGUACACUUCUGUCAGUGCUGUACAGGUUGUCCAGUAAGUAGAUGAAAGUGUAGUACUGUAUGGUGUGUUUCUGUCAGUGUGAUUGGUUUGAUGGAUGUGUGUUUGUCCCUGUAGGACUGUGAACUGGCCCAGUGUCCUGUCAGCCACCCGGUUCCCCCUGGGACCAAAGUGCCCUCACACCUCUCACACAAAACCCAGUGGAGGUUCGGCUCUUGGACACAGGUUGGUUUUAUUGGUUGCGCUACCACUCGCUGUAGCAAUCAAAUACUGUGUGUGUUACACUGUACUGUACUUUGCUGUACUGUACUGAUUGCUUCCUUCUUCACCACAGUGUAGCGCCACCUGCGGCAAAGGGACACGGAUGCGCUACGUUAGUUGCCGUGACAACCAGGGUGGGGUUGCGGAGGAUUCUGCCUGCUCCCACCUGGCCAAGCCCCCGGCCAGGGACGGGUGCACUGUAGUGCACUGCGGACAGUGGAAGGUCCUAGAAUGGACAUCAGUAAGUAACUACUGUCUUUCAAUCAACCACCAUGUUAAAUGCUCUGUGUAUACUUAAAAUAUAUUGAAUAUAUACAAUAUCUACUUAAUAUUUGACAUUACUAGAGGGUCUUGUGGCUAAGUAUAUGUUGUUUUCCUCCAUUGCUAAUGUCUUUAACCUUUGUGAACAGUUCCAUUGUGAACAGUUCUUCUAGAGGGAAAUCUGACUACCAUUAUAUGCUCUCUCUCUGCACUGUUCAUUAACCAACUCAGUGGCCUAUAAUAUCUGAGGUUUAUUUACAGUGCCUUGCAAAAUUAUUCAUCCCCCUUGGUGUUUUUCCUAUUUUGUUGCAUUACAACCUGUAAUUUAAAUACAGGGGGAUUUCAUGUAAUGGACAUACACAAAGUAGUCCAAAUUGGUGAAGUGAAAUGAAAGAAAUUACUUGUUUCAAAUCAUUCUAAACAAUAAAUAACGGAAAAGUGGUGCGUGCAUAGGUAUUCAACCCCUUUGCUAUGAAGCCCCUAAAUAAGAUCUGGUGCAACCAAUUACCUUCAGAAGUCACAUAAUUAGCUAAAUAAAGUCCACCUGUGUGCAAUCUAAGUGUCACAUGAUCUGUCACAUGAUCUCAGUAUAUAUACACCUGUUCUGAAAGGCCCCAGAAGACCAAGGAGCUCUCCAAACAGGUCAGGGAAAAAGUUGUGAAGAAGUACAGAACAGGGUUGGGUUGGGUUCUAAAAAAAUAUCCAAAACUUUGAACAUCCCACGGAGCACAAUUAAAUCCAUUAUUAAAAAAUUUAAAGAAUAUGUCACCACAACAAACCUGCCAAGAGAGGGCCGCCCCAAAAAAAUAAGCAAACACUUUUGGUGUUCGCCAAAAAAUCAAUUUUAAUUCCAGGUUGUAAGGCAACAAAAUAGGAAAAAUGCCAAAGGGGGUGAAUACUUUCGCAAGCCACUGUAGGCCUAUACAGGGCCUGUUAAAAGUUCCACUGAUCUGACAAACUGGGUCCCUUAAAGUACUGUAACUACACUAUCUGUUUGUGUCAGCCAUGUUUAAAGAGACAAGACACUGACCUGAGCUGCUACAGCAUGUUUUGUUUGUGUUUGUAUGCUGUGUGUCUUACUGUGUGUGCCUGUGUUUGUGUGUGUGUGUGUGUGUGUGUGUGUGUGUGUGUGUGUGUGUGUGUGUGUGUGUGUGUGUGUGUGUGUGUGUGUGCACAGUGCUCUGUAUCCUGCGGGCAGGGGACUACCACUCGCCAGGUGGUGUGUUUGAACCUCAGUGACCAGAUAGUGGACGUGGUGGAGUGUGACCCUGACGACCGUCCAGCCACAGAGCAGGAGUGUGCCAUGUCCCAGUGCCCUUUUGUCCGCUCCAGUGAUCCUCGACCCUUCCCCUCGCCCAGCGGGGGCGUCCGCAACAACCUGCCCACGGCUGCCGACGGACGUAGCGGAGGACGAACCCAGGCCCACCAAUGGAGGACAGGACCCUGGGGAGCGGUAAAUAUCUUAUACACCAUUUACAAUCAUCUUGCAGUCCUAGGGUCCUUAACAUUGAAUUAAUGCAUACAACCUAUAUCAGGGGUUGGCAACAGGCGGCCCGUGGGCCAAAACUGUCCCUCACUGAUUUUCUGGGAGGGGAGAGAUAUUCGUUUUUGGUCAAAAAAGACAGUAAAAUCACCAGGAAUAUACUUUAAAAUGUGUUUAAUUUAGGAAAUCUGUUCCCAAGUAUUCACAUAUAUGAUCAUGUCUCAAUGUAAUCAAGGUAUGAAAUGAUUGUUAUUUUCAAAUAUAAUCCCUUUGUACAAAUUAUUAUAAUUAUGUUCCGGGCCCCCAACCAUCCGCUCCAACAAAAAACGGCCCGCGGCUGAAUCUAAUUGCCUACCCCUGACUUAGGUCAAUGAGUUGUGCUGAUGGUUUUGGCGGUUAUUAGCCUAUUGUACAGCUGUUAUUAAAAACGGUUGCACAACAGUCUGUGUCCCCAAAUAGCUGGUGUUAUUUAAAGGAACAUGGGAAAUAGCAAGGGUUAUUUUCGGGAUCUCUUCCUGAGGAUAUGUGUUUUAAUAUAUCGAUCCAGUUUCCUAAAGCACAUAGUCUCUGCGGUCAACCGGACUCUUGCCAGAAUGAUGUAUGUGUGCUUUUUUAUAUUUGUCUGUCAAUGGGUGCCUUUUUGCACAUACUGUAGGUUAGUGUGUUAGUGUUUGUAUUUAUUAAUGGUGUUUAUAUGUGCACUUGUUUCAUUGUAGCUGAUGUGUGUAUUUGCAAAGGUCUACAAUAUGUGACACUGUGAUUCUUGGUAAAUGUAUUAUUGCUGUAACCCCUUGUUUGAGUGAGGUGUGUGUGCAUAGAUGAGCACCAUACAUUUGCAUGGACGUGUUUGAUCAUGUUUUUGUCAUUGUGUCCAUACAUGCUCAUACAUGUAUGUGUAUUAGUGUUUGAAUGUCUACUUGCCUGUCUCUGAGUUAGUGCAUACAUACCUGUACGUGUGAGAGUGUGUGACCCAUCUAUCUCACUGUGUUCUCCUCCCUGUGACGUCAGUGCUCGAGCACAUGUGCGGGUGGCUUCCAGAGGCGUGUGGUGGUGUGCCAGGAUGAGAAUGGUUAUGCUGCCAACAACUGUGAAGAUCGCUCCAAACCCAUCGAGCAGCGCUCCUGUGAGUCCGGACCCUGUCCACAGUGGGUCUACGGGAACUGGGGAGAGGUGAGAGAACCCAAGCCGCCCUACAGCACUGAUACACUGUGGGGGUUUAGUCGCACUUUGAUGACAUCACCUCAUUGUUAUCACAGAGGUUAUUAUUCUGCAAUUCCAUUCUUCUGAAAUUGCUUUGCUGGGCUGUAUGUCGUCAUGUACCUCCUGGGUUGUGCUGGGGGUGAGGGGUUAAAGGUUAGAGAUUAGGGGCCAGAGGUCAUCGAUAACUGUAUUUUGUAUGGGGAUGACAUAGGUUGGAUAAACAAUGGAAUGAAUCAACUGUCCUGACUCUGUGUACACACUCUUCUUUCCUCUGCUCUGUCCUGCAGUGCACCAAGCCGUGUGGGGGAGGAAUAAAGACGCGGCUGGUGGCGUGUCAGAGGCCCAACGGAGAGCGCUUUAACGAUCUGAGCUGUGAGAUUCUAGACAAACCGCCCGACCGUGAGCAGUGCAAUACUCAGUCGUGCCCGUCUAACCCCCACUGGAGCACAGACCCAUGGAGCUCGGUACGCUCGUAAAUAUAAACGUUUUCUUCCCCCAUCUUUUUUAACAGUCCUCUCAUUUCACCACACAGAGUUUGACAAACAAACAAUCAAACUUGAGAGAGCAGGGUGUUUCUGUGGCGCUUAAAUGCUGGAAACUCCACUUUCCAUUUCACCUUUACCCUUCCCUUGGUGCCUGAGACUGGUCAUCCUUCUAGAGACAGUUGGGAAUUGAUUUAUGUUGCACUUAAGAGACAGGAUACACACAACAAACCAAAAAGUACAACAUAUGAAAAGCUUCAUUGACAGUUGUGACCAUAAGAACACUUUCUCUGUUAUCAGUCUUAGUGUUCAAAAUUCAGGAUCAGUUUGUAUCAGAAUCAAAGCUAGUUUGUAAAAUAUUGUUUUAAAAGAUAAUUUAUUACUUAAGAGAUUUUCUUCUUUGUUUCCUAUGUAUAUACAAACCUCCAACGUUUCUGUUAUAGCUCUUUGUAUUCGCACACUUAGUCAAUCGUUGUUCAUAUGCAAAUAUUGAUUAAUGUUUCUGUAUAUCAGGAGUUUAAAAUGCCUUGUUUCUUUUUUGUUAACACCCAAAUAAUGGACAUACACUCGGGUGUUGUUGCUAUUCAUACAUGUGGCAAAGAAAAUGACCUGGAAAUAGUUUUUAUGUACUCUAGAGAUGGAUACAUCAUUCUGAUGCUAAAGCUUUAUUGGCCAUCAUAACUGUAAAAAUUAAAUGUGUCUUAAAGGGUGUAAUAUGCAGUUCAAACAAUAACAAAGCGUCACCCCACCACAUUUUCGGUAAACAGCUAAGGGGUGGAGCUGGAUAAAUGUAACCACUCUUAAAUGCAUAGACAGAGCUAUGGAUGCAAGGACUGACCAUCCAUGAAAUGAAAAUUAUAGUUUGAACCAUGUUUUGAGGCUAUACAGUGUUUUGUUUACAAUUACAUUGUUUACGAACAAAGAAGUAAAUAAAGGUUAUAUUUUGGGUUCUGAUUGGGUUAGACAGUUAAACUAAGCUUCUAAAUUAAUAUAAGUUAUAUUCUUCAAGAAUCAAUAGCUAUAUAUAAUGAAUAAACAUUUUUAAAAGAUGGAUGUAGCAAUCGCAGAUUGCCCCUUUAAGGCACAUGCAGUUUUUAUAGAGAAGUUACUAAUCAUCGUAUGUUUACGCCUUAUUUUACAGUCCACUAUUUACCUGGUAUUUACUCAGAAAUGUCAUUGUAAAUGGUAAUUACAUGAUAAUUACCUAAUAAUUACUUUUUAAUAAUGUAAAUGCCGGGUAGUUACCAAUUAUGCUAAAUUCUUAAAAAGAAACAAUAGUCUUUAAGUAAAGACUAAGUCAACACCAGCUGAAAUAGAACUGUAGAAUAAAGUGACAGCUGUAUUAUUUGAUCAAUUAUGUGAUUCUUCGGGGUAAUAGUCAUUUUACCACAGUUUGAAGUCCUGACCCAGAUUCCCUCCUUUUAACUAGCACAGACAUAAGAACCCAGCCCAACCAGUAGGUCCAAGGCCCACUGCUCAAAAGGUGCUUGAUAUGAGUGUAUUUAUGUAAUGUUAGAUAUGUCUAAAUAUUCGCUUUUGUAAAUAGUUUAUUUUGGUGCGAUCACCAGUGCUCAAUACACGUGAAAAUAUGCUAUGCUCAACCAUACCUCACUUGGAACAAACACAACUCAACUAGCCAUUAACUUAUACUUACAAUGGUGCUUUUGCAAAACAAGGGAGAAAUGAGAUAUAAACAUCAACGAAUCACUAUGUUUUUUUUUCAUACUUAAGGUCAUAAACUGUUUAUUGUGACAUAGAGAGAUGCACGUAUGUAAACUGGUGUUUUGAGUAGUUGUUUAUAUUCAUUUUUAUGUUUAUUCUUUUUCAUUUUUUUCAUGAAGAGUUGAUUAUUGAUUAUGUCAAACAUUUUUUUUGUAAUGUUAGGUGAAAAUGUGUUGUAGUUUUUAAAAAGGUAAAGAUAAUUGUUUAAGUGUGUUCCAUUUAUUCACCACCAAACCUCUGUCUGUUGGAGCUCAAAGAGAAUGCCCCUUGUCCUAGCUUUGUGAACACACAGUCAGUGCCUGCGACCACAGGGAGAGUUUAUAGUGUUCUAUAUACCUGGAGCUCAUCCUCUGAGCCAGUCGUAUGUUUCUACCUCAUUCUCUUCUAACAUCACUCCUCACCCACCUUCUCUCUCCUGCUGGAGGGCUGCAUCCUCAUUCACAUUCAUCAUGAUCUAGGGUCUGUGUUUUGUUCUACCUCAAUGGCUACGAGUGAAAUCGGGGUAGUGAAAGCUGAUCCCAGAUCUGUGGUUUAGGUGCAACCUCUGCCUGGAGCCCACCCAGUCAUUCCUAAGGCUAACUAUAACCUCCUGGUCAUUAAUGUCUGUGCAUAAGUUGCAGACAUCACACCUUAUUUUAAGGGCCUGUUAACACAGCUCUCAAGCGGGCAGUGAGUGUAUUUCUCACCACACCUUGUUCACUAAAGAAAACUAUAAUUUUUAACAAUCUCUAAUACGAGUAAUGAAAAGGUAGCAUAAGGUUUGGGUUGAUUAUGAUGAAUCCAACAAGAGACUGAGUAACUUUUUACACUACUUGAAACAACUCCACAUGCACAUAAGUCUCAUUGCACUGUGGAAAUGUUGAUAAUUUGAUUUGUAGAAUAACUUGCAAAACACAGUUAAAAAUGCAUGAUGAUGCAUUUACAAUGUGUUUGAUACCAACGGACUCUAGAAAUAAAGUACUCUAUGCCUCUCAUUCUAUAUGGCAGUAUUAGUUUUGGUUUCAAAGACAUUUGUGUAUAUUUAUGUAAUGAUCUGUAUUUAUUUCUACUUCAUUAUAAUGUCAUGUCAAUAUUUAAUUUUAUAUGAACUUGCUGAAUUUAUGUUAGCUCACAGAAAGGUAACGAUUAAAAUGAAGUAGAGGUACUCUUAAAAAGUUUCUUUCAUUUAUAUUAUUUACUGUAAAAGAUCAUGUUCAUGAACCAUCACGAACGAGUGCUUAUGUUCAAAUUAAGUUCCAAAACAUCAAUUUAUAUUGAUUUUCUUUCAAGUCAAUCGUCUAGUUUAUGUAUCAUAAAGCUAGGUAGUUUUAUUGCAUGACUGUCUAAAGUGAAAAAUGGAGCUCAUAUGAGAGAAGAGCAUAGACAUUGAGGGCUUCCACCAUUUUUAUGUAGUCAACUGGGUGGGGAUUCCUAUGGGUUUGGAGUGAUCAGCCAAUGAUCAGAGCAUUGUCUUCUUCAAAUUGGUUAGCCUAGUUUGUAAAUGACUUUAAGCUAUACAACUGCCAUCUAGUAGCCACAAUAAAUAAAUGACACACAAGAUUUGUUUCAAGAAUCCAGCACUGCAGGUGGCGGUAAAUUACCAAUAUUAGCUUUACACUUUUUUCAAACAUCAAAAGCAGAAGAAAAUGGACUACUUUAAAAUGGAGAUGCAGAUGCCAUAAUGGCACAGAUACAAUGUUGCGAACUCUAUGCACCUCUAUGGAGAAGAGAGGCCAAACAUCUGCACUCUUGAGCUUAUCUUAGUUACAGUAGGACUAGUGCCUAUGGGGAAAACUUAAAAAAACGUAAACUGUGGGACACUGGUUUCUAAAAAUAGUUUAAUUAAAUGAGAUAAUUGCUGUGAGGAAACACUAAUAGUGAAGUGAACAUUUCACUUACACUACCACAGGCAAGCUUGUAGUCCUGUUAAAAAUCUCAUCAACAUGUCUGUGCUUAAAUUAAGACGAUUACCUUCAGAUUACCGGUUUUGACUUUACACUAAUUACACUAGGAACGUGGAAGUGGUCAUUAUAAUUAACCAAAUCACCUACUAUAGAUUAGAUAGGAAAUAAUCUCUACAGAGAGCAUUACUCAAGCUCACCAACUGGUGUUCGGAAAAGGGCGUUGCCAGUGAAUAAAAAUGCACAAAUCACUGAGCAAUAUCUUGUCUUAUGAGGUCGGGGCACCUGUGACCUAUUUGAGCAAUAAUGAUUUUUCUGUCAGCCAGAGUUCAAAGACUUUUGUACCAAGGGAAAUCUUUAUUUUCUGUGACACUGACAAGAUGGACCCCCACUUACUGUGCUUAUUCACUCAUUUUACAUUUACAUUUUAGUCAUUUAGCAGACGCUCUUAUCCAGAGCGACUUACAGUUAGUGAGUGCAUACAUGUUGUUUUUUUCACUCCUCAUGCCUGGCAUGUUUUUUUUGUGUGCCUGGCGACACAUGCUAUUGAACUACGUCGCCCCCUCAUCCGCCCCUCGCCGUUCCCCCCUCGCUCAAUGCGGGUUGAUGACAUUGUUCCGAUGGUGGGGGGCUGGUGACUGUGACUCAAAUGAAAACCGGUCUGAAAGACAAGGGUCACGUUUGAUCUGGAAGGGGCCCGUUCCCUGUACAUCUAAUCAGCAUGGAUGGACUUCUGGGACAGGGCUGUGAUCCAAGGGAAAAAAGUUGGGAUAGCCCUGUUGUCUGUGGGGGCCCAGAAGGCCCAGUCACCUUUGAUUCCGGGACAGAAUGCGGGCUUUGGAAUGUGGUGUAUUUUAGGCACAAGUUGUGGUCUGUCCGGGGAAAUGUUAUAUUUGACACUGUAA